AUUUAAAACGUGUUCGUAACACCAAGAUAAUGGACGAGAACGAGAAGAAGGCAAGGGAGCUAAUUGCUGAAGCGCAGAAGAAAAAUAAGAAAGGACUUUUCUCCUUUGGUUCAGGCUCAGAUAAAACGGAUGAAAUGAUAUCGUUAUACGAGAAAGCAGCAAAUUGUUUUAAGAUGGCACACAAUUGGACUGGUAAUUAUUUACUGAGCUUACAUUUCAUUCAAUACUUUCAGAGGCUGGUAAUGCAUUUCUAGAAGCUGCAAGCCUUAGUUUAAGCCAGAAGUCAAAACAUGACGCAGCUACACACUAUGUGAAUGCGUCGUUAGUUUUCAAGAAGGAUGAUCCGAAGAAAGCCAUACAGUGUCUGACAAAGGCCAUUGAAAUAUAUACUGAGAUGGGUCGAUUUACAAUAGCUGCGAAACACCAUCUAACUAUAGCUGAAAUUUAUGAAAAAGAUCUAGUUGACGUUGAGCAAGCUAUUCGUCAUUACGAACAGGCAGCUGAUUAUUACAAAGGUGAGGAGUCCAACAGUUCAGCUAUGAAGUGUCAGCUUGCCGUGGCUCAACUCGCAGCUCAACUCGGACAAUACGAUAAGGCGGCAAGUUUGUUUGAAGAAGCUGGCAAAGCAUCAAUGGAAAAUAAUUUGUUGAAAUAUGGUGCCAAAGGACAUCUUUUCAGGGCCGUAAUUUGUCAUUUCUGUGUAGACUUGAUCAAUGGUCAAAAGGCCCUUAAAACCUAUGAAGAAUGUUACCCUAUGUUUUCUGACUCUAGAGAAUGCAGUCUAAUGAAAAAAUUGUCAGAAGCUUUGGAACAAGAGAAUGUGGAAGCAUUCACAGUAGCUGUUCAAGAAUACGAUAAUAUAACUCGACUUGAACCAUGGAUCACGUCAUUAUUGCUUAAACUAAAGAAAACAAUAAGUGAAGAAGAAGAUAUCACGUAAUUUUUCGAUUUGAAGGUAAAACGCUUAGCAUCAUUCCAACAGACGUUUUACUUUCUUACAUUCCUGAGCAAACAUCUUUACUCCACCUUCGUGAUAUGGUAUCUUUAUUUGUGUGUAUGCAUGUAUAAACAAUAUGCCUGUUCCCUUCUUCUUUGCACGUACAAUCAACUUGAUUGUUAAGUUUAAUGUUUUCCUCUGAAGUUUAUUCUCUUUACAAACAUUUCUAGUUGAACUUUCAUGCUAUCGUUCUCAAGUUAUUUCCUUUCUUUCCUCUUUAAUUUCAUUGUAUAAUUUUACACAAUAAGGUCAUACAUAAUAUUGGUCACUGAAAACUAUGAUACCUAUUGUUUUAAGUUUCAUAUCGUCAUCUUCAGACUAUUUAAUCCUCAAGUAUACCUUUUGUUAUUAUUGUUGACUCUGCGCAGGAAUCAUGACUACGUUUUUCUUUUCUCUCUUUAUUUUUCAAGAAGCACUGGUGAUAUAUAUAUGCAUAUAUAUUUUUUCCGUUUCACUCAAUCUCACAUACGACAAUUUAUUGGUUUCUAUAUGUACUGCACUAUUCAAUUACUUGUUACUGAUAAAAAAAUGCCUACAACAUCUGUUCUUAGUACACAUUUCCGAAAUCUGUUAUGCAGUAAUUCAUGUCGGGAUUUUUGGAUUUGCAAGUGUACGUAAAUCUGCGUGAAAACUGAUGAAUGCACCUCUUGGUUCACUUAGCCAUUUUUCUACAGGUCCAAACUAGCAUUUUAUGGUAGCAAGUUUAGAAAGUUACAGUUGUUCGUCCCUUCUUACUAUCAACAAUUGUAGGAAACUCCUUAAAGUUACCACUGCAUCACUUAAAGAUUUUGAAGUAUGCGUAGGAUUUAAUGGGCGCAUAACAGAUUAUCGAAAUUGUUAAUCAGCUUGUACAAUGCUAUAUGCCGUUGUUUAAACAUAUUUUGAUCAUAACUAUCGUGUGUAUGAGUGCGUCGACCACUAAGAACCCGCUUGAGUAAUGAAGUGGAUGAACAAAUAUCCAUACCACAAUAGACUAACAUUUCUAUCGCUUUGAGUCUAUAAUUUCCUAAUAUAUUGUAGUGAGUCAGAUAUGGUGAUCAAAGUCCAAUUAUUUUACCACUUUCCUUAUCAUUAAGAAUGGCUUGAUACCUGACUACUUUCUUAAAUGUAACUUUUCUUCAUUCAGCUGCAAAAUCUCUAGUCAGAUUCUUCGUUAUAGCAGCAACAGGCUUUUGUCAAUGACCACUUUUGUAGUGCGGUAUUAGUUCAUAUGUGUAUCCGAUAACACGAGCAGAUAUCGCCUGUUUGACCAGAAUGUUAUAGGUCUUAUUCUAACCAACACGCUCCAACCGAACACUAGUCAACGACAGGUUAAUCAGAAGACAAACACCACAAGAUUCGAAAAGAUGUGAUUAAUUAAAUUAUUCUGUCCAAAGUAUAUAAACGGAAUUUGUUUUAAUGACGUGAUAUAGUAUUCUCCAAAAAAAUUGAAUAAGGUUACAUGGGGUAUGCAACAAGAUGUCAAGAGGACCCAAAACUCCUCCAGUUUUCGCGAAUCCACAUUUUAUCGCCGAAGCAAAAAGAUACAGUAGUCACUAGUCCUCAUUUUGAAUGGUUCAUGAACAGACAAAAUGGAGGGUGAAACUAGCAGAAGGAAUUUGCAGGUUGGUUAACAGGAAUUUGGGCAUCCAGUUGCAGUAAAAAAUUAUGGGGUGAAAGUUGUCAUAGGUGGUAAACAUUUUGGAAAUAAGGAGUUCAAGAAACAUCAGCAGUCUAGUUGGCUGAAGCCGAAGAAAAAUUGAGUAUGAACUCCUAACAUAUUGACAGGAAUGAUUUUAGUGACUAAUAUGACACCUGCAUACGCUAACGAAACCAUGGAACUUUUCGGCAGUAUUUUAACACUGCUACCAUGGAGUUUGCCAGGUGCAUCGAGAAAAAGUGGAAAAUGUUUAUACGGGUUGGUUUGAAGAAAGGUUUGAAGUCACUUUGCGUUGAUAGGAAAUUUGAUUCGCUGUGUUUAUUACAGGUUAGUUAACCACCGCUCCGAACGGUUGGAUUAUAAAUGGUCUACUAUCGGUUGUUGAUCGCCAGAAGUUCUAGUUAAUAGUUGUAACUCAUUCUCAGCUGGAUGACAACUUUUGCAAAAGGAUUAGUCACUAUUGGGGUCUAGGGUGGAAGCAGAAAACCAAAAAUUACUCCAGGUAAUAUUCAGAUCCUAAUAGCUGGUGGCUUCAACAAUGCAGCACGACUCCGAGUCAAAAGUCCGAUUGUAACCUGCCAGAUGGCUGCACAGUACGAAAAAUUAACGACAGCACCCUCUGUGGGUCGGACGGCGUAGCGUCACACACUUCUCCAGAAUCAAUAGCCUAGGGCUCGAUGAGAUCCAACGUUGAUGCUGACCAUGAUAGUUUUACCAGACUCGUCAAGCUGAAGGCACCCGGUUAAGCAUCCUAGCCAUUCCGCACGCUGUAGGGCUAUGUUGCGCCACUUGUACUCGACCCUCUAGUCAGUUAGUUGGAGCGCAUCGGUAUCUUGGCACGGCCUCACAAGUAGACUAUUCCAUCCAACUACGCUACUGUGUCAUUUCCCGGUCUCGUAUUCGUGGGUAUAUAACAAGUUCGAAUAAUUGGUAACUGGCUUCCGCGUCUGUCGAGUUCACACCAGAACAAUUCCAAAACUAAUGAUCCCGAAGUGACAACAAACUCGGAUCAGGAACAAAUCUUAAAUUGGUGAUCCCACUCCAUUUUUUUACCUGUAUGUUGUUUUCAUUUUGAUGGCCUUUAUAUAUCCAUAUACAAAUCCUUCCCAUAUCCGACCAUAUUACGAGGCUUAUCCGUAUUAAGCUGACUACGAACAUUAUCCAGCUUGUGUCAUAGUGGCCAGAUAAUGCAGAAACAUGGUCUCCGUAUGCCGAGGCAGAUUUUCGAGAAGACCCUCAUUCUCAAUUUCUUGCUGUCAUAUUUUCACUACCGCGGGAAUUAAACAGACAUGUUACAGCGCAUAUGUUUAGUCCUGAAGUGAGUGAUCCUUAUGCACUUCUCGAAGCUGCAGUAUUGAGGAAAGGUCAACUCACAGAUCGCCAGCGCCAAGAACGAAUUGCUUUGUAAUAUCGAUUUAGGCAACAACUCAGCCACUGAUGUCCCUGUGCGCAUGCGAGAAGUAAUGAGCACACGAACGUUCGGUAAUAGCCUUUUCCGAAAACUUCUUCUCGUGAAACAACCACAACCGGUGCAAGCCGUGUUAGUGACACUGCAGCCAGUUCCACUCGAUGACCUGGCAGCCUCGGCAGAUAAAAUACUGGAGAUGUCCAGCAGUCCAGUCUCCAAAGCAUAUCCUGUCUGCGAUAAACCAAUGAGCCAGGACUCAGAAGUAGUCAAGCUGUGCAACUCUGUUUAACAGCUGCUACGAACUCGGAGCUUCAGGUUAAGUAGCGCAUCACAGAAACGCAUCUCAGCCCAUCGCAGCAACUCACGUGGUUAUCCAGAAACGAAACGUAACAGGGUGGAACACAGCCGUUCACUCUACGUCACAGUUAUAAAAACGAAAGUUCACUAUCUCGUCGACACCGGUCCACGAGUUAGCGUUCUUCCCGUGCUGACAGUGAAGCGUCUCCAAGGCCCAUCCUUCGACCUUCAAGCAGCUAGCGGCAAGGCAAUCGCGACGUUUGGGAGACGGUAUACCCAACCCAACUUGGGUUUACGUAAACCCAUUCACUGGAUUUUCCUCCUUCCUGGUGUUCCUGUGCCCAUCACUGGCACAGAUUUGCUGCGCCACUACAAUCUACUCGUUGAUGCCCAUCAUUGAUGACUGACAGAUAGCAACAGAAAGUUAUCAACUGACGGCAUCACCUACGUAGGCCCGAGUUUAGCCAGCGCAAACGAAAAACACUCCGGCGACGCAUCCUCUCAUGCAGUGUUGAAGAAAUAUCCGGAGUUACUACAGCCGAAGCAUGCCCUUCCGUGUAUAACCAGAAAUGUUAUGCAUCACGCCACAAACACAGGUCCACCGGUGGCGUCCAAAACACUCAGCCUAGUCCCCUGAUAAGCUCAAAACGGCGAAAGGUGAAUUCGACCACAUGCUACAACUAGGCACUAUCAAACCUUCAGGUAGUCCUGCAUAUUCCGAGUCUGUCAGCUGACCUACAGGGCUUAGGCCAACUUCUGUGAAGUCUGAAGCACCAAAGUUUAUGUCUACUGUUGGGGUUGCAAAGAAAUCAAAUGGGAGCGUUGACGGUGCACAUUCUUUGAGAAUACCACUAGUGGUCAAUUCAUAUGACAACUCCGCAUUAGCCCUGACAUGGCUCGAGAGGUUCUAUUAGAAAGCUGCGAUUAGCAAAACAGACUUUCACGGUACUCCCAUCACAGUUGGAUGCAGCACAACAACUCACUGUCUACCGAUUCAGACACAGCACCAUGUCAACAAAUAUGGCAAGUGUCUGCCACUGGUCGGUAGGCGUGCCUGUGUUCCGGAACCUGUCAGAAGGCGGAAACCUGAACGAUGCACUGUCUGCCAGACCUAAGGCCUGCCCACUCUUCUCAGGUUUGCCGUUCUCGAGCUCUGGUUUGGCGCCGAAUAACUGUGAACCCUAGGACCUUGGAUACAAUGUAAGCCAGGCUAAUUCAUCUUUGGCUGUCAAGAGAAGAUUUCACCUCCUUCUUUUCAUCUGGCAUGAUCAAUAAAGUCCACCGGUCUUUACAGACUACCUCUGAUUGCCAUGGGCUACCUAUCACCCACAACACCCUUACUAACAGUCUCACUUCAAUCCCUGAAAGACUCACGUGCCACAUUCUGCUGCUUUCCACCGUUUCAGAUUCGAAAUGGAUCCCUCAGUUUCUUAGACAAUAGGAGAGCCAACAUCUGAGUCCCAUUCGGAUUGAGGAACGACAUUGAGCAAAUGAAGUGUUGUUGAGAGCCAAUUGAACUGUGCCCCCAAGUGUUCUGCUGAGCAUACCAUCCCCCUGUUCAGGAAGCUUGUCAGCGUUCCCUCCUUUUUCUGAUGAUUUUACUCGUAAUCAACUUCUUGUCGGUGUCACUAUUUAAAAACAUAAACAGUUGCCGAGUUUCCCCCAACGCAGGCGCCUCCUCAGUCUUUCUUCCCCAUCACCCAGCGCUGUUCACGAUACCUCACGUUUACGACUUGACUGCAACCUUAUGCAGAAUGAACAUUUUCUCCAAAAUCGAUUUGGUCAAAGCGUACAAACAGAUAUUUAUGGCAGCAAAAGAUAUCGCGAAAACAGCCAUUAUAACUCCUUUUCGCCUGUUUGAAUUCCCGCGCAUGUC